UUGGUAAUCUCUAUAGUCAGCCAUGUGCAAAGUCGCCUCUCAUCACAAGAACUCACGAAAAAUGCAGACAAGAAAACACGUACGCACACUGAACCGACCGAUAUUUUUAACCCAGCUCGGGGUGAGAUGAUCGAUCGAAUCGAGUAUAAUGUUGAGCAAGCAGUGGAUUAUAUUGAAAGCGCCAAGGCAGAUACGAAGAAAGCCGUUAAAUACCAAAGUGCUGCCCGAAAGGUAUCUCACAUUGAUCCAUCGUCGUGCAUCUCAGAUGUUGUCAACUCUGUCUAA